CGUACCGCUCUUUCUCUCUCUGCGACAACACAUUUGCUCUCUCUCUCUCUCUCUCGCUCUAACCUAAAAUAAAGAGGGGAAGAAGCUGCUGCGCGCUGCUGCUUUUAGGGUUUGAGCUUACUUCGCACUCCAAUUCAUCCCAGCCAGCUGGAUGUCCGGUCCUGAAGCUCCCGCCCCUCCGUUCGAAUCGAACGGCCGUCGUUUCUCCCUCCGCCGCUAGCUCUUCCUUGUCUGGUCGGGUCUCCACAGUGUUUGUUUUCUUCUCAUCGUAUCAUGGACAAGAGUAACACUGGGAAUCAUCACCUCAGUGAAUUGUGCAAUAAUACGGUUCCCAGACCUUCAGGAUCUUCACUCGUAAAGAUUGAUUCAAUCACAAUCGACCUCAGCCAUAUUGCUAUGCAGAAAGUUGAGGAUGCAAACUGUCGCCACUCAUUCUCAAUCCGUGGGUAUGUUGCGGGGAUGAGAGAAAAGGACCACAAGACCUGUUUGCUCUUUGAAAAAUCCAUUGAUAGUAGUGCUGUUUCAGAAGACCAACUUCCUCCUCUUGUUGUUCCUAAAUUUAGAUGGUGGCGUUGUGAGAACUGCAUGAAGGAUCUUCUCACCAAUCAAAAUGCAGGAAAGGAAAGCAGUAGCGGGACGCCUUCUAAUAGUUGCAGACGUUCUCCGUUUAUUAGCUGCUGUUUGUAUUCCCCAAAGUCGUGUAGGGGUGGUAGUAACACAGAAAAGCCAGCAUUUGAGGCAGCAAGUGUUCCAACUUCGAGUAUAGGUGUAAUAAAUGCCGCUACUUGUGCCAAUAAUAUAUCUCCAUCAUUAUCCAGACAUGCUACUGAGGCUACCUUUGAAUUUGAAGUUGCAAAUGUGCAUGUUGAUGAUGUAGAAUCUAAACGGGAAAGAAACACAGAGACUAGUAACGGCGGAGGAUUAAACAUAAUGAGAUCAAAUCAAGACUUGAGUCAAGAAGCGCAAAUACAUGAAGAAAGUGAAUAUAUUGUCCAAGAAACUGAGAACCGUUCUAUUGAUGAUAGAGAUAGGACUGCUUCAAUAACUCGUGAAACUCCAUUCACCAACAACGCAAGUGAGCAAGCUCUUGAUAAUAGUUUGAGAGAUAAUGCGGAGGUAUCAUCUGAGAGUGACGGUGAAAGUGGGAAGGCUAGGUUCCGUUUGCUCGCUGAUUUAUUAAGUGGGCAAGUCAACCCUGAGAAUACUACUGGCACAGACUCUGCACAAGCUUCUCUUGACCAAAUUCAUGUUGCAUCUUCUGAUGGAGGGUCAGCUGACCUGGAGAAAGGUCAUAGGAAAAGGAAGUUGAAUCAAGAACUUGACUCCAAAGUUGUGAAAAAAGUUGCAGAGAGACGCCCAGUAGCAAUUGAUAUUCGUGAGUCCCAACCAAACACAGUCAGACAAAUCAAACGCAGAACCGAGAAAGAAUCUGGAGUGAUGAAAAAGAAAGGCAAACAGAUUCAUGUAGACGAUGGAUGUUCUUCAAUAAUUCCUUGGCCAAUGACUCCCGCUGGAUCUGGUGAUUUGAAGAAACAUGAAGGGAACAUGGAUGAGCAGCGCUUUAAAUAUUUUCAGCCAUUAAUGGAAUCAAAGAAGAGCUCUUGUGUAUCCUUCAAUAAUAAUACCAACAAAUAUCCUGAAACUAGAAAUUUCCCAUCAUGGGUGGGAGAAAGUUCAAUCAAAAGGAAGAACCUUGAACCGUGGCCACAUUCUCAAGUUGGCAACUUUAAGUUUCCACAUGAAGCGGUGGGUAAAGUAGGGUUAGAUUUGUCCCUCAACAGUUUUAAGGAUCCAAAGGCAAGAAGUAUAGAGAUUGAUUAUGACCAAAGUGGCAAUCUGAAGAAAGCAGAUAGAAUAAGUGACCAUAGGAGGAAGAAGGGAGUUUUAGUAAGAGAAGACAAUGCCACUGUUAAAGCAGAUUGGUCUUCUUUAAAGGGAGGAUUACUGUGUGACCUUAAUGCUCAAACAACUAUACCGUUUCACGGGAAACAAAAUAUUUCAACCUCAGUUGAAGAAAGAAGUUUCCCUCUGCAUAAGAAAACGGACUUUUCUCGGCAAAAUAGUGGAGCAAAACAUUUUCAGGGGGGUACAGAUGAAAACAUUAAACAUAAAAAGAGUCAAAGACGUGAUGAGGAAUCAUCUCAGCAACGCCCACCAGAUGACAUACCGAUGGAAAUAGUAGAACUGAUGGCUCAAAACCAGUAUGAAAGGGGUCUUAGUGAAAAACCGAUUCAUCACGUAAUAAACAACAACGGUGGUGGCAAAGGGUAUUCAUCUGAUAUAUAUGGAAAUAAUUUUACGGCAUGGAAGUCACCUCCUAUAAAUUAUUUUCACAGUAACCAUUCCAGUAAAAUGGUGGAAGAAAACCUGAUUAAAUUAUCGGGUGCACAUCCUCUUAACCCGAAAAAAAUACCUAGUGGUGGUCAAAUCUCCGUAAGAAACGGGUUUCAGUGCGAUGAAGGAGCAAACUUGAGGUGGUUGGGCCCCAGAACCAACACACCGUUUGGAUUUCCUAACUCUACUUCUCAAUCUAGAAACAGGGAGAUAGAUCCUCAAGUUCAUAAGGGGAAGACUAUCAGUGACAUAAAAGCCAAUGAAGUGAAAAAGUCAAGUGAAUCACAUCUACUUUUCCCCAAGCCACAGGAAAUUGAAAAGGCCACCAGCAUGUAUAACAAAAAAACUAUUGGGUUAGAGUCUUAUUCAAAUGAGGCAAUACCCGCAAUGCAGUUGCUAAGCCUCAUGGAUAGGAAGGUGACAUCCAAUAGGGCUUACAAUAUUGAGAAACCAUUUGUGCCGUGUGACUAUCACUCUAGUCUUAGCAGGGAAGUAACUCAGAAUUUCUUUGAUAGAUCUUUGUUCCCGCCACAGCAGCAUUCCAAGCUCUUCCAUGACCUUAGACCCCAUGUGUCGAGUCCUGGUGAAAGCUCCCAACAUUCUUUACCUUCUACUGCAUACAAUCAAAUAUCUUUCAAGUCUCAAGAACAAGAGAAGUCAAGAUCAUAUGCAUCCUCACCACUCAGAGCACGCAGAUUUCAUAAUUCUCCAUCUUCGAGCGGGACCCUACAUAUGACUCAAGGUUCUUUUCCUGCUAGAGACAUACAGAACGGUUUACUAACCCUCCCUCCACCUAUUCCCUUUUCCGUACAGGGUCAUAUGCUUGAAAACAGGCACAAAUACUUUGAAUUUGAGAGAAAAGCUAACAGCCAUGGUACUUUUUGGCCUUCGAAAAGCAUUCGUGAGAGUAACAUUUGCAGUCUUAAUCAAAAUCCAGCGGAUUUUAGCAUCCCUGAAGCUGGAAAUGUCUAUACAAUUAGCUGGAAAGACUUGAAAUUUGGGAAAAAGAGUUUUUCUAGAGCAGUUAGUACGGAGAUACGUAAACGCCCAAGGGUUACAAAGGUUAGAAUGGGAAAAGAGCCACAAUAUGGUGUCGAUUAAAAUUGUCAUGUCUUCGGGAGAGGUAAAAUUAAUCUGAUAGGUAAAAAUUGCAAACUUUAUGGGACAUAUAGGCAGGCCCGGAAGAAAAUUACAGUAGAGCUUUAAGCUUCCAACUCCUGAUCUAUAUCUGUGAUGCAGUAAACAAAGGUUGGUAGUUCUGUCAUAACACACUCAGUUAUACCCGAUGUGCUAAACUUGUAUGUUAUAUGAAACCUUUCGUAUGCGAAAGACUUUGUAUUAGGCUUCCUGCGUCACUGGGAUUUUUUUUGCUUUUACUUAAUUGUGAGAAUAAGUUUGAAAUGUAUAUAGCUCUGUAUACAGUAUCUAUAUACUCGGAGGAAACAGUUAAAGACAUUCAAAUUACUUUGGAGAUAAUGUGUACCAUUUAAUUUUCUUGUUUU